CAAGAGACAAAACUUUGGCUUCGCCACUGGGAGCAAUAUAUCAAAAAAGAUUCUUUGCAAUGAAGGCGCACUGGCUCCUACCAAUCGUAGAUAUUUUCAUUUUUGUACCUAACAAUCGACCGGCAAGCUUAUGAUUAUGAUGACAACAUGAUUUGGGACUAAAAAAGAUAUAUUGAUUGAUCUUAAGUAUGUUUGUUCUUCAAUUACAGGAGAAUGCUAUGAGAUACUGAAGAUGUAGUAUUGAAGCCUCUGAGGGAUGACUAUUUUUCCAGUGUUUUUAUUUUAUAUUUUACUACAGCAAAUGUCAAGUGCCGUGUGGGAGCAGACAAAAAGUUGGCUUAAAUAUAAUAAUUCUUGUACAAUAUUUCAUCAUAUGUAAAUGUAUAAGAAACUUGCUGUUGUUUGGAGCAACAUAUCUCGUAUCAAUAAACAUUUUAUUAUUGUCACUGUUACUAUCUAAAUGUCAUUAAACAAUUAGGCUUGCAAUUUAAAGAACACAGUAGGGAGAAGAAAGCCGCUUGUGUGCUUUCGUGCAUGAUAAAACCCCCGUGCAUAAGGCCGGAUUUGCAAAAGCGACUAUUCGUAAGUAAAAUGCAAGUUUGAGCAGUUAAAUCGCCCACCAAACCUUGCCCGAAGUUUAGAAGUUUGAAGUCCAACAUUUGGAACGAGGUUUUGGGACGAUGAUGAGUUUAUGGCUGGUACAGAGGCUUAUUUUGGAGACCAAACAGACGACUUUUAUUUCAAAAGCACUAUCUGCUUAAAAUAAAAAGUCGGCCUCAUGCAUGGACGUACAUUUAAGUAAAUCACGUAUUUUGUAUUCGUUUAUUGGUAAAUGUCUCUGCUACUGGCUGUAAUAUAAUGAAAACAGUAUGCCACAUUUUACUGAAAUGUAUCAUCAACAUUAUAAUACUGCAUGCUCCUGAUGUCAAUUUUCACUAGACUUUUAUCAAUAUAAGAGUCAUCCACAUUUAUAAACAGAGAUGUAGCAAGGCUAUAGCUUAAUUUUUGUUGUGAUAAAAAAAGGACAUAUGCAGUAUCAUAAAUUCGUGUAAUAUAGUCAAUUGUCAGGUAAUUAAGCUGUGUUUUAAUUGUUGCUUGCUCUAUAAUCUUUUAUAUAUUUAUAUAGCAUAACCAGUAAUACACGAAGAAUCUUGCAAAAAUGUUUUAUGCCAAAAGCUAACCUGUUUUUCAUGAUUUACGUCAGGUAUAAAAAUGUAAUAUAUGAAUUUCAUCUGCACAUUUUAUAUUAUUUUGUCAAUAUAUAUGCAGUCUAAUAUCAUUCAAUGCAUUAAUGCAGUUCAGGUGUAGGCAAAUCACGUAAACAGGUCACGUUUUGUUAUUGUGACCAGAGUUCAGGUUGUGUUCUUUCUUUUGAAAAUUUAAUAAGAUUGUUGUGUGUGAUACUGUACACCGAAUCACACAAAUUACUGUAUAAACAUCCGAUUAAUCUAGCGCAAGUAAAUCUUACUCAAUGUGCUAUAUAAUUUAUCUUACGAUUGUCAUACUUAAAAAAUGUAGCUGAAUUUGUGCUUUUAUAAAGUGAAUUCAGAUCUUUGUCUGAAUUUCAUUUGAUCUCUUUAUUAUGCAUCAAAAUCUUUAACUUUCAACUUGGGUGAUUCCAGUAGAACCCUUAAGAUAUGUUGUCUGCUUUUUAAAUUUGUCUGUUGACGUCUUGUCGGUGAUGUACAGGCUUCAUAACCUCUUAUCUCAUUUCAAAAUUCCAUUUAAUUAGUUCUGUCUAUUGCUUUCUCGUUAAGGGCACACACAUCAUUUUAGUAGGGGACAAUAUACGCCGCUUUUCAUGGAAUGACACUUCUUUGUCACAUUGAAGGCUCCAUGAUAACCGCCGUAUGAACACAUCUGCGGAUGUUUCUAAAUUCAAAAUUUCCCCAUUUUCGUGUUGAAACGUUGUAUUCUUCUUAAGCCUGUGCUAGGGUGGUGGACGGUAACUUGCACUUUCCAAUACCGUCCAUGAAAAGGCUCAAUUAAAUCGACCCUGAAACAUUUUCUAUUGAGCCGUGUUGGGCUUCUUUCUGUAUUUCUGUAUUUUACUUAUUCUUGAUUGGUAGGGUUUGAGAGCUUGUAAUGUUUUGGGGAUGUGAGAAAUUAGGUCUAAUGAGGUCGAAAGGCAUAUAUUUGUAUACAUAUUAUAGUUUUACUCCCAGAGAGCAAUUUUGAUGUAAAUGUUACCUUGUUUCACGAAAUGUUUGUUUGAAUGGAGGUUAUCAGUGGAGUGAAGCCAUACUUUUUUAAACUUUAAGUUAACCGGAAUGAAAAUAAUUCUCAGGGAUUUUCAUAUAAACUUAUGAGGUAAUUAGAUUAUGAAGUAAAUUAAGACUUAACUAUUUGCAGUGGCAGCCAAAAGUACACAGAGUCAAGUUUAAUUGAAGCUAUCAGAGCGCAAGAAUUGAUGAAUGCUGACAUGGGUGGAACAGAAAUUCUCCAGCCUUUAGAACAUGUCUUUAAUAAAAAUCCUAUACCUUCACAUCCACGACGGGUUUUUGUUCUAACAGAUGGGCAAGUAGACAACACAGAUGCAGUAAUCGGAUUGGUCAGAAAAGAAUCCAUAAACACAAGUACAAGAGUAUUCACUCUUGGUAUAGGCCAUGGUGUAUCAACAGCCCUGAUUGAUGGUAUUGCAAGAAAUGGUGGAGGGAAGUCAGAAUUUAUAAGUGGUGAAGAUCGUAUACAGCCCAAGGUGAUAUCAUUAUUGAAGCGUGCGAUGCAGCCUGCUAUCACAGAUAUCUCACUAGAUUGGGAUCUACCUCCAGGUAUCACACCCGUGUCCAUACCUACUAAACUUCCAAAUAUCUUAUCUGCUGGUGAACGACUCACAUUAUUUGCUGUCCUACAGAAUGUUGAUAGAAAUGCAAGUUAUGCACCCAGUACAGUGACGUUGAAAGGUGUAAAAGAUGGAAAUGCUGUUUCUUAUAGUUUGACCUUCACCUUGUGUGAAGCAGACAAUAUAAAUGCAUCUGCUGCAGUUCAUCGCUUAGCAACUAAGCUGCAAAUAAAGCUUCUACAGGAUCAGGAUGCGGAAUCUGCUGCACAACUGGAUGAUAUUGGAUACUCAGCUGACUUAGAUGCUAUAGAUGUAAACAGGAAGAAGGUAGUUAGUCUGAGUUGCCAGGGUAACAUUAUAUCAAAAUAUACGUCAUUUGUUGCUAUUGAUACAGACGGUAAGAAGGUUGAAGGUACCGCAGCGAAAAGAUCUUGCCCAGUGCCUUCAUUAUCAAGUGAAUUUGUCAAGGGAAUUGAAGAGAGAAGAAGGAUGCUCUGUAAUGCUUCUUUACAAUUUCGAAUGGCAGAUUCGGUUGAAUAUGGAGAAUAUGAAUCAUGUGAAGAAUAUUCAUUUGCGAGUAGAAGGAUGCUAUGUGGUGAUGGGAUGGAAGCGGUACAGAGGAUGGCGCAUCGUUCAGAAAACAAGAAUAAGUUUAAUGCUACUGCCAUUACUUAUGAUGAACGACAGGAGAAUUGUUCAGGAAACAACAAUGGGUUUGAUGCUAUAUGUGAAGCAAAGGUUUCAACUAAUAAAUUAUUUGCUCAUGCUGAUCCUCCAGCUCUAAAAACAAAAAGUAAGAAAAAAGCCAGGUUAUUUGGAUGUGGUUUUCCAUUGCCAAAGAUAUUCUCAAAAAGGUUUAAAAGCAAGGGUGCAUCCAAGUGUUCUGAUCUUACUUCUAGACCAGAUGAAGCUAAUAAGAUAGACAAUGCAAAUCUUAAAAUAAAGUUGUAUGACGGUGAAACCAAUCGCACAGAAGAAGACAAGGGUAAUAGAAAGUCCGUGGAGGAUAAUGAUAGUGCACCUCGAGAUAACACUAGGGAAAAUAGUGCUGAAAAUGUUACUGGUUCAGGGGAAUCUACAAGUCAACAGAAAGGUGAUCAUAUGAUAUCAGUGAUUGGUUUACAACAGUUACGCGGACAGUGGAAUAUGUCGGAUCAGCUGUUACAACUACUUGAUGUAACGAAAGAAGAUGUGGUGGACAAAUUAACAUUUUCUAAGGAUUCUAGUGUUGUUUGUACAGUGUUGGUUCUUGCUUGGUUACGUAAACAGUUUUCACAAAGACAAGAAGAGUGGCAGAUGAUAGAAGCAAAAGCACUUGCCUGGAUAUCUUCUCAAAAUCCAAGCUUUACAUCAGAGGAACACAUUAAACACACAACAGAAGUGAUGUGGACCAAGUAAUAUUGUUCAUACAUGUAUAUAUAGUCAUAUGUAUAGAGAACUUAUCUCGUGUUGUAAAUUCAUAUGACACAUUUAUCAAAAUAGUACAACAAAAUGUUUUUGAGCAAUCCUUUUUUGGGUGAGCUUAAUAAUUUUUCCUCAGACAAGAUUGAGAAUAUGUCAUAUAUCACACUUAAGAAGUUUACUGCAAAAUGUGAAAACUUUCCGGCUUCGAUUAGUGAUGUGUAUCUAAUUUAAGAGACUUUUUAAAUUUCUUAUGCCUUAUAAGUAUAAUCAGAGCAAUUUCUGACUGUUUCAUUGUGCAUGAAAUGACGCACAUAUAGGAUAUGAUUUCAGACGUUCGACGGCUUCACGAACACUAAGCAAACAAAAGUAAUGCAAUUUUUGAGUCAUCAUUGCAGAAUAACUGUGAACGGUUUUAGAGAAAUAAUUAUAUUUAAAACGAGAAACAUGUCAUUUAGAACAAAACGCAACAUUAACUUUUGUAUAAAUUUUGUCAAAACAAAACAUAAAUAAAACGUACGUCAAAUAAAGUUCGGCAGAACUAUAACACCCAGUAUCUAACUGGUUAGCAUAAAAUACUUGUGCUUUUUAUCUGAUUGUUGAAAUUUUAGUUAACUUUACUUUCGUGUGAACAAUAAAUUAAGUGUUGCAUAAAACGUUUAACAUACAGGCAAUCCAUUAAGUUUUGAUAAAGUGUUAUUCCCCAAAUAAUUUCCAGCUUCAUUUUUUGAUCUUUUGAUGUAACUAAAAUGUUCUUUACUCGUAAUCAGUAAUUUUAGUGUUGUCAUUUCAUCAUUCUACAUUUACUGUAGCUGUAAAUAAAGAUAGGUAUUUCACAUGAGUAAUGAAAAGGAAUUAUUGUAACAUUUACAUACCACUUCUUGCAUUGAAUUGGUCCACUUAAAUAUAAUUAUUUAUUCUUAACAAUACAGAUUAUAUUCUUUUCUAUCAAUACAUUUUAGAAAGAGAUGGUGAAUGAACUUAUUCUAUAUAGUAUUUUGGAUGGUGCUUUGUUAUCUGGUUUAACGAAGUCAUUACCCAAAUAUUUCCAGAUCGUCGUACAAUGUACGCACCACCUCCUCGUGUAUUUAUUUAAUGUAAGGCAUAUUAUAUAGGUAAAUCUUAAUUCAUUUCAUUCUUUGCUUUAUAACCUAAUUAAUAAGAUGCAAUGUGUCACUUUUCCCAAGCUCAUUAUUUCUAUUAUAUUGUGGACUCGUCAUUUAUAUGUAUUAUUAUUAAUAUAUUGCAUAAGCACAAUUCAAAUUGUUCAUGUUACGAUACUUAUGAUAUUUGUACCAGAGAUCAAGCUUCAAAAUGGCAUCUAAUCAUUAGUUGCAAUGAUUGUGGGUAUACAUAGUUUUCUUCUUGCUUACAAAAGAGUCUAUGAAAGUGUAUGCUAGAGUUACAUGUCGACAUGUAGCAGAUUGAAGAGUUCAUAAUUGAAUACAUUGUAUAUUUUAACUUUGCGUGAUCUAAGAAUAUGAUAACAGAAACAUUUUAAGCUAAACGAAAGGGGGCUUGUUUCCAUGAAUUUGAUUUACUUUUGUAAUUUAAGGUAAUUUCAAGGAAAGAUAUACAAAAAUUUUACAAAUCUUGUUGUUACUAUUUGCUUGUGCUUUACAUUAUAUUACCUUGGUCACGUUAGAAAAUUUUAUGGUAUCUAUUCAUCAUUUGUGUUCCCUUCAUUCGUUUUAAGUAUGGAUUCAUCAUAUUAAGAGAUUUACUAAAAAGGCCAAUUUUGUAAAUGAUAUCAAUUAACUAAAAAGAGAUAUCACGCAAACUACUCAUUACCAAUGGUUGAAAUUUUGCACAAUCACCCGAGUGGAAGUCAUCAUGAAUUUUCUGUCAAAUCAAAUUCAAGAGCAGAUAAAUAAAAGAAUAAUGUAAGUGGCCAUAACUGUUUCCGCUUAAACUGUUUCUAUUGUCAUAUUGUAGGAUCAUGCAAAGUUUCAAUAAUCUUUAUAUUGUUUUUGUUUUUAUUAUUCUGCUAUAUGUGUAUAAUAACUAUAACAACUUUACAGUGUAUAAUAUGUUUAAUAGUAAGACGUUCUUUAUUGAAAUCUAUUUAAUAUAGUUAUGUAUAUUUUUGUUAAAUUCAUAAAUAUGUUUGCUUGCUUUAUGCCUCGUUUUCUUGGCUGUGUUUAAAGAAUUUUCUAUAUCUCUGUUUCAUAUCAUGCAAAUUAAUUUAGAAUAUUUUAAAGAGCAACUUUGCAUUUGGUUGUUAUUGCAUGCAAUACUUAUGACAUACUUUUGAAAUCAUUUGAAAGAGUUCUUGGUUAUCGUGAGCAAUUUGUAUAAAUAGCAACAAGAGCUAUUAUUUGCAUGCCUUCUUGAAAAUCAGGAAUUGUUUUUGAUUUUUCAAUUUUUGCUGAUAUGUAUGUUUAAGAUGCUAGGUUUAUUCAGUGGUUUGCUUUUGGAAUGGAAAGAAAGUCACUCUUUUAGAAACAAAAGCGUGAUCAAAUAUCAUUGAUUGUGUCUUUUUCCCGUUUUGCUUUUAU